AUGCAGUCCCCGUCCGAGGCCGAAAGGUCUACCGCAUUCAAUCGUGGCGAAGCCCUCAGACACCUGGAAAUGGAGCCUGUGGACCAUGCGCAUUCUGUACUUAAUGCGCCGUCACCGAUACUGCCCUCGCUGCAGAUUCGAACCGACUUGCCCAGUAUUCGGCCGACCAGCUCGCAUCGCGAUUCCGACCCAUUAGCCUCCCUCAGCGUAUCCUCUGGAAGUUUUCUGCAGCGCACUCCCAGCCUACGCGCGCUGAUCGCCCCGCCUCUCUCGAGUGCCGGCUCGUUAUCACCGGCCUCUUUUAUGUCUUCGCCCCAGCUGAAUGCCAUGGGCGAUAUCACACCUCUGCCAUCACCCAUCGGUGGAGCAUCUCCGUGGCGGCGCGGCGAAUUGCCGUCUCUGUCUCGCACAUCUUCCACGGCGUCACGUAGCGCGUCGAGUUUGCGCCUGAGCGAUUCUUCGCAGAUGCUGGGUCCGCCAGUGUCGCGUUCCCGCGGCAAGACAUACAACGGGCUGGAAGGCAUGGGAGAUGAUUCAGUGCCGGGUCGACUUCGUCACGAUUCACCCAGCAAACACGUGCGCAACCGCAGUCUCAGCGACUAUGCGCCGCCCGGCCGAACAACUCUUCCUCGUCCGAUUGCCGUCUCCGGCGCCGGUGCUCCUGGCAUGGUCCCCUCAUCGAGUACCGACUCGAAACAGGCCGGCCUCCAUCGAGAACAAUACCUCGCCGUACACCGAGGUAUCGCCUUGCCCACUGUUCGUCCCCCAAGUCCGCCUCGCAGCAGUGGAAGUUGUUAUGGGGACAGCGACGCCGAGCCAGUCAUUCAAUAUCCCGUCCCGCUCUCGACCUCCGAUGAAAUAUAUUCGGUGAAGUCAAUCCGCACCCAACAAGCCCGGAUCUACCGAAAGCUGCGAGUUCUCGGCCAAGGCACAUUUAGUAGAGUUUGUCUGGCCGCCCGCGUGGAGCAAUCGGUGCAGACACCGUUGUCCCCCGAUAUCGAUGGCCCUGGCUUCGCUGUCCCGCCAGCUGCCACACAGAAAUUGGUCGCUGUCAAGAUCAUCGAACAUGGCCCAGCCGGGGGUGCAGACGAAGAACGCCUGGAGGUUUCACUAAAACGCGAAGUCGACAUCUUGAAAGCAGUGAAUCACCCAUCUUUGGUUCAACUCAAGGCAUUCGGCAGCGACGAGAAGCGUGCUCUGCUUGUUUUGGACUUUUGUCCAGGUGGUGACUUGUUUGAGUAUGCGACUUCCGGAACUCGACCGACUUCUCCUGGCCUUAUCCAACGCAUUUUCUCCGAGUUGGUUGAUGCAGUGCGUUAUCUUCAUUCUCAAUACAUUGUACACCGUGAUAUCAAACUCGAGAACGUUCUGCUCACCUUGCCCUCUCAUGCACUGGAAGAAGUGACAGAUUGGCAUACCUAUGAUCGUGCGGUGGUCGUUCUCAGCGAUCUGGGUCUAUCAAGGCGCAUCCCAGAACCCCCGGAGAGCCCGCUGUUGAAGACCCGGUGCGGAAGCGAAGAUUAUGCCGCUCCGGAGAUUCUCAUGGGACAAUCGUAUGAUGGUCGCGCUACUGACGCGUGGGCCCUCGGUGUCCUACUGUACGCCAUCAUGGAAAACCGCCUACCAUUCGACGUCCUUCCCGGCACUCGUGGUGACCCAGCCAAACUUCGCGCUCGCACCCCGCAUCGCAUUGCCCGUUGCGAAUGGAGUUGGUACCGCUACGCCAACGAAGACGAAGAGUGGGAUCCCGAAAAGGGCCAAGGCCUGGACGGAGCGCGCGACUGUGUGGAAGGCCUCCUCAAGCGCAACACCAAGCGAAAGUCACUCGAUGAGAUUGCCGCCAUGUCUUGGGUCUGUAAUGCCAUUGACGUCCCUGCUGGCCUCAAACGAGGCGACAAGGAAGUGCCAUAG